AGCUAGAGGAGAGAGGGUGUUGAGGGGGUGGAGAUGUGCUGAGGCAAUGGCUUUUACAGCAGGCGCCUGGGAGUAGGAGGAGCAGGGUAGAGACUCACUGGCAGGGACAACGCGGGACGGCACGGUAGUACGCAGCGGAAGCUCCUCUUGCUCUGCGACGACGAGGGUGCGGCAGCCGACAGCGCAGGGGUUAAUGGGAUGCACUAUCUACGCAGCCAGCCCUGAGGCCCUGCCAGGCGAAGAGGCCACAGGCCGGGACCACCGACACCACCACCGACCCCAUGUUCCCUGCAACCAGAAGAUAGCAGCCAGGCCCAACACCAUGACUGAACACCAAGAGCAGAAUGAAGAGGGGGUCCUCGUCUCAACACAGGACCUGGAGCCCUCAAAACACCAGGAUGCUCAAGGAGGCCAUCCGCACUUCAGGUUGAUUGACGACCUAUCAUAUGAAGAUGUGAAGAAAUGCUACAGGGGUUCGUCUGUGUCUUGCAGUGGGGUCCGCCACGCCGUGGAUGUGUGUGUGUGUGUGUGCAGCUGUGUGUGCGGCUCCGGCAUGCUGAGUCUGGUGCAGCAGAGCUCUCGUCCUCUGAGAGAGAGGGCGUCCGCUGGUUUGCCGGUGGGAGGGAGGCCAGCCAAGGAACUGCUCAUGACUCUGCCCUGUCCCUCUGCUCAGACUGUCAGCAAGUACAACUCGCAGUACCACAAACUCUUCCAGUGCGUUCCGAAGGAGGAGAUCCUAAUGAAAGUAUACUCCUGCGCUCUGCUCCGAGACAUCCUGCUACAAGGCCGGCUCUACAUCUCCAGGAACUGGUUGUGUUUCUAUGCCAACCUCUUUGGCAAGGACAUCAAGGUUGCUAUCCCCGUGGUCUCUGUGAGGCUGGUAAAGAAGCACAAAACGGCAGGUCUGGUGCCCAACGGCCUAGCCAUCACCACAGACACCAGUCAGAAGUAUGUCUUUGUGUCUCUGCUGUCCAGGGACAGUGUGUAUGACGUGCUCCGGAGGAUCUGCACACACCUCCAGGUCAAUGGGAAGAAGAGUCUGAGCUUGAAACACUACAUGGAGGUGCCCCACACCUUAUCUCUGGAUGAGUACCCGGUGGCGGAUGAGUUCCCGGUGGCGGAUGAGUAUCCUCCGGUGCUGAAGUGGAGGAGAAAACCCUCGGUGGUGUCCGUGUCCUCGUCCCUCCCAGACCUCCUGGGUAGCUCCACGGGUAGCCUGACUGCAGUGGACUCCUCCUUCCAGACAGACCAGCCUCUGGAAGACCGGAGCCUUGAGACAGAGAAGAUCCUUCUAACAGAGCCUGUACCAGAGCUGGGCCCGAUGGAAUAUCAGCUUCUCAAGUUCUUCAUCAUACUAAUCAUCCUCCUCAUCCUGUCUUCAUGUUACCUGGCCUUCCGUGUAUGCAGCCUGGAGCACCAGCUGUCCUUCCUCAACAACCCAACACUGCCCCUCCGAGAGAGGUGAGGUGGGGCCAGUCUUAACUUCAGCCAAGUGUAACUGCUGCUCUGCACUGUGAUCCAAUACCACUUGACUGGCUCCCUUUACGGACACAUUCCUCUCUGUGACCACCUCCAGACUAUGCAAACAGACUAUUUAUUUAUCAUGAUUUUAAUACACUGUAGACUAGAAGAGGGCAACCCCCCCCACCCCCCCACAAUGGCAGGUGAAAGAUCAAAUGGGCAGGCUGAUUGAAGAGCCAGCAAACUACACUCAAACCAAUUGUGGAUGGACUGAAAAGCCCAGGAUUGGUGGGAAUUGCUGGGAGUCAGGACUAGGAAGGAUUCUGAUUGGUGGAGGGAUUCAAAAGCAACAAGCGGAUUGGUCUGAUGGUUUUUAUUGAAGAUUUCUGGCCAUGUUCGCCAACAUUGGAGUCAACUGGGUUUUUUCCCUCCUGUCAACUCAACCAGGAAUGAACCAACUACAGGACUUUAGAGAAAAGUCAAAACCAUUCAACUUUUGGCAAUCUAUAUAGUACUUUCAAGGAAAGGAUUUGGAUGCAUUAACACACUGACAGUGGAAGAAGCCAAUAUCGUUGGUUUUACAGAAUGUUAAAAGAUUGCCCAUAUGAACUUUUGAGGAUCGGUCCACUGUUUCAAAUGUUCAUCAUCAUCAAUGAGGUCUUCAUAUGUUGCCAUUCUAACAGGCAUGUUAUUCCUGAUAAAUAGUGCAAUACAAUUAUGCAAAGUAUCCAGCCUAGUCUGACUUUUUAAAUGUUGAAAUGUUGUCCUUUAACUCUGUUUGUGUUACCAUGACACCACAGGUAUGUUUACCAGAGUGGGUAGGAUGUUAAUCUUUGAUGUCAGAAAAAUAUUGUUUAGUAUAACAUCUUGUCUUUUGUUUUAAUUCGUACAAAUGUCAGUUGUCAGCUUUGUAUUGUAAGCUACCUUUAGCCAGACACAAUGUGUCACAGUGAGUGAUCAGUCUUGUAUCUAAAUACUGAAAACAGUCGUCUGAAUGAGUAAACAAUCAAGAACUUAACUGAAUUGAAAAAUAUGAUAUUUUUCUUGCUUAAAAGUUUAAUCUGCAUUUCAGCCAGGAAGAAAACUAGCAAAAAAGUUAUAGUCCUUUUACUCAGAAUGUCUGAACAGAUGUGUAUGCAUUAGGAACAAACACCCCACUUUGAGUAUUCCAGUAAUAUUGUUGAGGAAACAUCAGAGCUUCAGUAUGUAAGGUAUACUUUACUACCAGAACCAUUAGUAUGUAUCAUCUGGUCUGUUUUGGGUCUAGACACAGCUGCAACUAUGUAAUAGUGGUCACUGGUCUUCUCAAUGGUGAAAGAACAACCUGUCCCUGUAACCACUCUGAGAACAGAAUAACUCUUUAGCACCUCUGAACAACCCAUUACAAGACUAACACUGUACAACAUAACUGUGACGGUUUCUAAUAAACAGACAUUUGAUCCUGA